GUGUGUGUGUGUGUGUGUGUGUGUGUGUGAGUGAAUGAACACAGUCAGUAUUGGGGAGUACCAUGGGCUGCGGGUGGGCUCGUCCCUCCUCAGUAUCGUAUCCGGCUGCAUCAUCAUCGGUGUGUCUAAAGACUGUGACGCCGAUGCUGUAGGGGGGGUUUUCCUUGGAGCAGGAGGACUUGGUCUCCUGAUCUCCGUGUAUCCGUUUAUUAAAGCCUGGUUCAACAUCCAUCACAUUUUACCCAACAUCGGAAACUUCAGAGUCCAUCCAGUUGCUCCGACUCCGGCCCCUGAACAGCCCUCAGACUCUCUCAGAAGAGAAGGGACUCUGGGUCAGUUGGAGCGCUCCAAGAGCCGCAUGGGGACGUUCGUGGAGGGAGGAGCUGCUGCAGCCGAGAGCUCUCCGGAAGACGGACCUUCUACAGAUAUUCCAGAUAUUUUGGGCAGGCGUAAACCCAAACUCUCAGAGGGGGACCUUCCAUAAACAUCUGAAGCUCAAACCAUUGAGUGUGUAAAAGAAAAACAGAAAGAAUUAAAAUAAUAAUGUAAUAUAACUGCGCCUCAGACCUACAGUACAGUCAGGUGAAAACUGUGUCUGUGGGCAGGUGAAGGGGCUGUGUAUGAUAUAUGAACAUCAGGGCAUGGUGGCCAUGACACAUGGGGCGUGUCUUCUCUGUGGUUGUGCAUCUUUGCCUCAGGCCGUCUCUCUAGAUCUCAGAGUGAAUGCAAACGUGACAUUUAUUUAAAAAACUGAAAUGUUUCCUUUCCAUUCCAGUGAUGAUCGAUAUAAAUGAAGAUUUCAAACAAAUCACUUGGCCUCAGACGGAGCAGAAUGAUGGAGGACUUUAAUGUUAGCUUCUUAAUGUGUUUAAAUGGAGCUUAAAAACAAAAUGCCAUGAGUAAAAUUUGAACGACAACAAAAUGAUCUGAUUUGUGAUUUAAAAUGUUUCUGGAUGAUUCAAGAAAUAAAAUUUUACAGACAAUGGAUUUAAAAGUAAACCUGACUGUAUUAAA